AUGUCGUCUGCUGCUUCGGAGGUCUCCUGCAGUCGCGCCACAGCUGAGGGCGCGGAGAAGCGCAGCGCGUGCACCGCCGCCCAGCAUGGCGCCAAGCCCGCGAAGCUCGGGCAUCCAUCAGUCACGGCGGUGACUGCCGCGACGACCCCCACGCUGGAGGGCAACCGCGGCGAGAGCUCGCAGCCGGAGUCCGACGACGACGACUUCGCCUCGCCCGCGUCCGUCUCUCACACACAAGCAGCCGACGCAGUGGCGGGCGCAGGGGCUGCAGCUGCAGGCGGUCACGCGCCGUUUUUGUCCGCCUCAGAAGAGCGCGCGGAGGCGAAGACGAUGCAGGCGAUGAAAGAGUUUGUCUCGCGGCAGGCGCGCACGCAGACGGGCUGCAUGGGAGAGGGCUGCACCAGCGGCUGCGAGCGAAAAGAGAACGGCGACUGCGACGGCGGCACGGCCGUGAAGCGCGAAGGAGAGACGGGAGACCCGCCGCCGGCAGUCAACUUCGUCCUCGUGCCUCUCGACUCACUCCCCGCAGGCGCCUCCCUCAGUGACUACGACGUCCACCUCCUCCACAAGGCGCACCACGGCGACCCCUUCGGCGUCCUCGGCUGCCACGAAGUGAAGGCUGGGCAAAAAGAAAAAAUCCUCAUCGUCAGGGCGUGGAUUCGCAACGCACAGAGCCUCCAACUGCGGGCUUCUGGUCGAUCCGAGUGUGUGCUCGCGUCGGCUGCCACCGUCGGCAUGGAGAAGCGCGCGGAGUUUCUCUUCCAGAGGGCCUUCACUGUGCAUCGCAUCGCCGGCGACGCCUCCGCAGUCAACUCAACCGACGCGAGGCUGGAGACUGCGGAGCCGGGCGAGGCGGUUGCCAGCGACGCGCCGCCUGUAACGUUCAAGUAUGAGAUGCUGUGCAUCUACGAGGGCGACGAGACGCGACAGGAGCGCGUCAUCCAAGACACCUAUAGCUUCGGCGUCCUCCUCCCGCGCUUUGACCUCGAGCUCUUCCAGUCGGGAUCUUGCUGGCACGUGGACAACUUGAUGGGGUCUCACAUCAUGACGGUGGACGGCGUGCAAGGAGUGCGCUUCGCGGUCUGGGCGCCGAGUGCGUGCUUCGUGAGCGUCGUGGGCGACUGGAACGGCUGGGACGGCCGCGUGCAUCCGAUGCGGCGGCGCAUCGAGUUUGGCGUCUGGGAGCUCUUCGUCCCGGGCAUCGGUGCCGGCGAGAAAUACGGCUACCGCAUCCACACGCGCGGCGGCACAGACAUCAUCAAAAUCGACCCCUACGCGCAGGAGUUCGAGAUCCCGCCCCAAACUGCCAGCAUCAUCAGUGCAUGCGAUGACGCCUUCAGAACGCCCGAGGACCGAUUCGUCUGGAACGACCAGGAGUGGAUGGCGCGGCGCAAGGAGCUCGGAGAGAAAGACCUGCUGCGCAGACAGCCAAUGUCGAUCUACGAAGUUCACCUCCCGAGUUGGAUGCGCGGCGACAAUAAUACCUACCUGUCGUACAGGGAGCUGGCGGAUCGCCUCGUGAGGCAUGUGAAGGCCAUGAACUUCACCCACGUCGAGUUCCUUCCGCUCGCGCACCAUCCGUUUGAGGGCUCGUGGGGAUACCAGGUCACAGGUCUCUACGCACCGUACAGCCGCCUAGGGAACCCCGACGACUUGAAGUACCUCGUGGACACUCUGCACCAGGCGGGCAUCGGCGUUUUCCUCGACUUCGUUCCUGCGCACUUCUGCAAAGACGCGUGGGGACUCGCGCGAUACGACGGAGAGCCGUGCUACGAAUACGCAGACCCGCGGGAAGGGGAGCACAAGACGUGGGGAACCCUCGUGUUCAACUUCCGGCGGAGCGAAGUGCGUUCCUUCCUGCUCGGCGCGGCGUAUCACUGGCUGCGGAGAUACCACAUCGACGGGCUCCGCAUCGACGCAGUCUCUUCGAUGCUUUACAAAAACCACCAGCGCGAGCCCGGUGACUGGCUGCCUAACGAGUUCGGCGGCGACGCCAACCUCCAGGCGAUCUCGCUGCUGCAGGAGCUGAACUGGGUGGUGCACCAGGAGUUCCCCGGCGUCUUCACCAUGGCUGAGGAAAGCACCAGCUGGCAAGGCGUCACCGACAAAGACAAGGGUCUGGGAUUCGACGCGAAGUGGGAUCUCGGCUGGAUGAACGACACACUCAGCUACCUCUGUCUGCCGGUGAACAAGCGCCCCGAGCCAGCUUGCCACAACAAGCUGACCUUCCGCGGCCUGUACAUGGCGCACGAAAAGUGGAUUCUGCCUCUCUCGCACGACGAAGUCGUCAGCGGCAAGGGUUCGCUGCUCGAUAAGUGCGGCUUCGCGGGGAGUCCCUUCGAGGACCGCAUUCGGACGCUGAAGACGCUCUUCGGGUUCCAAGUCGGCUCUCCCGGCCGUCCGCUGAUCUUCAUGGGUGCGGAAAUCGGCCAGGGCAGAGAAUGGAAGGACAGCCGGUCGGUCGACUGGCAUGAAGGCGAGGAAGAGCUUCGGAAGAAGUUGUGCAUCUGGGUGUCUGACCUGCUCGCGGUGUACGUUCACCACAAGGCGCUGCAUGCCGGCGACGACGAGCCGUGGAACUUCAAAUGGACGGAUUGCGACAACAGCAAGGAUUGCGUCAUCGCUUUCCUCAGGUCGUACAUGGACUGGUACAAUGACAUCCUUGUCGUGUGCAAUUUUUCGCCCAAUACCUACUACCGGUACCCCAUCGGCGUGCCUCACGGAGGAGAGUGGGAAGUGAUUCUGAACUCGGAUGACUGGCGAUACGCCGGCGGCAUGGUUGGUCCGGGUAACCUGUCGCGAGUCCACACGACGCAGGGCGGACGUCUGGGCUGGCCUUACUGCUUGUGGAUCGACCUCCCGCCCUUCGGGUGUCUCUACCUGAAGGCCCCUCAGCUCGCAGCCGAGCAGCGGAAGGCGCUCGAGGCGGCUGCAGAAGAGGAGAGCGAGAAGCAAAAAGAGAGUGCGGCACGCCAGCAGACAGAUGCCGUGGAGAAAGAAAGAGACGAAACGGCCAAGACGAAUGGGUUGAGCAACGCCAGCUCUGCUCAGUCGGAUGGAAAGCGAGAGGCGUGA